GUGAUCUCUUAGAAAGUUUCCAGUGGGUGUGGAGAAUAGUUGAUGUCAUAAUCUAACAGAAUGACAUCAUUGCUUUAUGAUCUUGCCGGGCUCGUGUAGAACUGAUGAAAUAAAGGGGCCAUAUUAGAAGAACCAAGUGCUUUAUGAAAGGCAUUGAAAUGGCCCACUGUUAGAAUGGAAAAGGUUAGUGUGAAAUUCAAGGUGAAAUCCAAGGAAAAUUGAUCAAUGUAAAGUAUCUAAAUGACAAAAGAUCACCUGGCAAGUGAGAUGUCUCAUGUUAUUCCAGUAAACAUAGCUUAUGAUCCAUAUCAAAGCCCAUAUUCCCAUCAUGAUAAUGAACCUCCAAGGAUGGUUUCGCCUCAGAGGGAAUGGACCCUUAGUCCACAGUCGCAUCGAAGGAGCAGCCCUCUAGUGGCACUUCUCUCUCCGCCAAGAAGCGAGAUGUCUAAAACUGCUUCACCCCAGAGAGGAAGUGACAUCAAUCGGAGCACCUCUCCCCACAGAGGAAGUGAAGCUUCCCAGGGCACAUUUCCCCAGAAUGUUUAUCCUCAAAGAGGAAGGUUAAAUGAAGCUCCCCGAAGAUCUUGUCCCACAGGUUCCUCCACACGGAGAGGGAGUGAGGUCUCACAGGUUACUGCUAAUGUUCAGAAGGGUGGUGAGACUUCCCAAAGGCUGUCUUCUCCAAGAGGAUCGAUCCCCACUUCUUCAAGCCCUUCUUCACAGAGAGAGAGUGAGCUUUCUCAGAUUUCUUCAUUUCAGCAAUCAAAUGAUCCAGCACAGAAGAUUCCUCCUCAGAAAGGAAAUAAUACCACCAGGAGUGCCUUACCGUACAAAGGGAUGGAGGUCCUGUCAAAUGUCUCACCCCAACGAGGAAGUGAGUUCCCUCAGAGUACUUCCUCAAGGCGAGGGAACCAAUUAAACCAGAAUACUUCACCCCAAAGAGAAACCAACCUUCCACAACAAGGAAGGCCAGCAGUCCGAACCGUAUCUCCUCAAACUGUCAUGGACUCUCAUAGAAAAUUCUCCAUCCAACCUGGGCAGGUUAAAAUGACAGCUAGUCGUAUGCUUAUAGCAAUGAAGCAAAGCCUGAAUUCACAAAGAGAUGAGAUAUGCCAGAAACUCCGAUCGGUAUCAACUUCAGAGAAAUCUGAAAUGGAAAAUAAAUAUAUGCCUUUCAUCCCAGUGUGGAAUGACUCCUUUCCAUCAAUCACUCAAUACUUUGAAAAACCUGGUCACAGCCUAAAGGAUGCAUGGACUCAAACAUCCAAGAAUGCUUCUCAGUUAGUGACUGAACUGGGACAGCAAUAUAUAUCCCGAACCCCAAAGAAAUUAAUCCGUAAAUAUGUUCCCAGUCCAAAAGAUAAAUGUAUUCAAACAGAAACUGUUUACCAGGACACCUUCUUUUCAAAAAAGGAGACUCCUCAUUUAGAGAUGUGGACUAGAACAACCCAGACACCUUUUCCUGGAGCAGAAGCUAGGUCCAAAGCAUCCCCAGUGCCAACUGUCAUGAUAUCUUCUUAUCAUUCAGAAAUGAAACCCAAUUAUAAGUGUGCUUUCCAUUCAGAACGUGAAUCAGAUUAUAUGAAGCCAUUCCAUCAAGAGAUGGACACAGUCCAUAAAUAUUCUGUCUCUCCAAAGUCUGAGUUACUUCAUCAAACUUCUCUCUCCACAGAGGCUGAGAAGAGAAAGACCUCUCUCCUAACAUGGACUGAACCAGUAUGCCAGCAUGUUGUACCUACAGAGCCCAAUCUAAGAAGGAACCUCCAAACAAAACAUGAAUUGACCCAGGAAACCAAAAGGCCUAUCAUCCACCCGGAGACCGAGUCUGAGUAUCGUUGUCAGCUCCACCAACAGAUGGAUGCAAUGGCCUCCAAACCUGUUCUUUCUCCUGGAGAUGAAUCACUUCCCUGGGUCCCAGUUUCUACCUCAAAUAUGAACAUCAAAGAACAUUACCCUGCUCACAAAGGCUCUCUACGGCAAAACAAAGAAAUAAGAAGAUAUAAGGAGAAGAAAGCAGUGCCUAACUCAACCCACCAGAGCUCCUUGUGGUGUGAAUCCCUACCAAGUGACCAAAAUUCAUUCCACAGUAAACCUGCUUUUCAUCCAGAAAGUGAAUCCGAGUAUAGGUGUAUGCUACAUCAACAACUGGAAGCAGCCCAGAAGCAGUGCUUUGCACGAGGAGCUGAGCUCCUGCCUCAGAAGAACUUGCACACCGGAAGGCCUGAAACUACACCCAAGGUCAUACCUGCAUUUCACCCAGGGAAUCUUGACACCACUUGGCUGGCUACAGUGAAUAUUGACAAGGAGUCUUACUUAGAUGAAAAACCCACUUUGAAGUACUCUCUUCAUCCCAAGGCAGAAACAAACCUCAGAGCCUUACCACAGACAGAAGUUGCCAGGACCAGUGGAAUCUUACCUCCACGGUGUCUCGAGAAGUUUGGACCUCAGUCACCUUGGUGGUCUUUACUUCAAGCAGACACUAAUGACCUUUUUCCAGAGUCGAAGAAGCACACCAAUCUACCAGCGCCAGACUGGAUGGAGACAUACAGAAGCUUCUCGGUUCCAGAGCCUAGGGAGAAUUGCACUGUCCACCUAGCUCCAGACUGCCGAAAGAUACAGUUCAGUGUACCAGCUCAGGAACAUUUAUUGGAUAAGCCGUCUAUGGAGUCAGAGGCAGUUUUGGAUUUCCCAUCAGACUGUGUUACAGUCCCAAGGAAAAAGCAGGCAAUAAUGACAGUGCGCUCAGAAAAACAACCUACUUCCUUGGCUUCACAGUUUGGAGGCCAAGGACCAGAACGUGCAAUCUACAACAGUGAGGCUGAUGACCUCCUCAAGUUACAGAGAGGGAAAUCAGUUGCCAGGUUUAGUGCUUUCUUUGUGGAUGUCUCGGACAAGAUGUAUGCUGACAUUCUCUGGUGGCUGAAAGAUGAAGAGAUAAAGCAAUUUCUGAAGGAAGACUCAGAAGAAGCUGAGCUGGUCCAGUUCCUUAAGGAUUCCCCACCUGAAAAGACCUUCCAUCGGGUGAAGCCAGAAGAUAUCCAUCAGGAGAAAAGAUCCAGUCCUUGUGGGACUGAAAUGUUCCCUAGUGCUGCAGUCCAGGCCAUUCCCAAAGAUGCCUUGGAGGAAAAGGAGCAGAAGGCCUUCUACCGCCCUCAUCCUCUAGAUUUGAAACAGCAACACAUGGCUGCUCCAGCACCGCCAAGCCCAUCCCGUCCCAGAAGCCCCUGGGGCAGGCUUGACCCAUAUGAAUCAGAUGAGGAUGAUAAAGAGUAUGUGGGAUUUGCAACACUUCCUAAUCAGGUCCAUCGGAAAUCUGUGAAAAAAGGAUUUGAUUUCACACUAAUGGUUGCAGGAGAGUCUGGGCUAGGGAAGUCCACUCUGGUGAACAGCCUUUUUCUUACAGAUCUAUACAAAGAUUGUAAACUCUUAAAUGCAGAAGAACGGAUUGUCCAGACUGUGGAGAUUACCAAGCAUGUGGUAGACAUAGAGGAGAAAGGGGUGAAACUUCGCUUGACCAUCGUGGACACACCAGGCUUUGGAGAUGCUGUAAACAACACAGAAUGUUGGAAGCCUGUGGCUGAUUACAUAGAUCAGCAGUUUGAGCAGUAUUUCCGGGAUGAAAGUGGCCUUAACCGGAAAAAUAUUCAAGACAACCGUGUCCAUUGCUGCCUCUACUUCAUCUCUCCUUUUGGUCACGGUUUGCGACCACUGGAUGUUGAAUUCAUGAAAGCUCUCCAUCAGCGGGUGAACAUUGUCCCUGUCUUGGCCAAGGCUGACACUCUCAUGCCCUCCGAGGUGGAACGAAUGAAGUGCAAGAUUCGUGACGAAAUUGAUCGUUUUGGGAUCCGGAUCUACCAGUUUCCUGAGUGUGAUUCAGAUGAAGAUGAGGAAUUCAAGCUGCAGGAUGAAGCACUCAAAGACAGCAUCCCCUUUGCUGUGAUUGGCAGUAACACCAUUGUGGAGAUGAAAGGCAAGCGGAUCCGUGGGAGACUGUACCCUUGGGGAAUCGUUGAAGUGGAGAACCCUAUGCAUUGUGACUUUAUCAAGUUACGCACCAUGCUGGUAAGGACCCAUAUGCAGGACCUGAAGGAUGUGACUCGGGAGACUCACUAUGAAAACUACCGGGCUCAGUGCAUUCAGAGCAUGACUCGCAUGGUGGUGAAAGAGCGGAAUCGCAAGUAUGAGGAGGAAAGUCAGGCAAAGCGGCCUUAAAAAUUCUCAGGUGGAAAGAGUCUGAUGGAGGCAGUUCAUCAAGGAAAAUUUAUGCUGGCUUAAAUUCACAGAUUUUUUUUAAUGAUGAUUUAGGCAGGUAUUUAUUAUAACAACAGAUGGAUAGCACUCUAUUGCAAACAGAAUAAAUUAUGUACAUUGAAAGCCAUGUUCCUGGUUUGUGCAAUUUUGUGCUAGGACAGGUAUCUGUAGAAAGGUGAUGCAGUAUAAAUACGAAUGCAAGCAAUAUCUAUGUUUUCUGUUUUAAACUCAGAAAGUGGCUGAUGAGUUGCAUGUCCAAGGUGGCAUCAGAUAGAAAACUCACCAAAGUGAAUGCGGAGAAAUGUUAUUCCUUUUUGGGGGGGGCCUUGAGGUUUUCAGUGAAUUGUCCUAUUAGGAGAAACACAUGUACAGAAGUCUGGUUGCUUAACUUUUCCCAUUUCCCCCCAAAUCUGAUAACUUUCAGAAAUGUGGUUCUCAUUUUUCCCAGUUUCCCAGUUGACACAACAACCAUUGGAUAUGCUGGGUGUAAAAAAUGGGAAGUGUUCUACAGUAUGUCUAGGACAGGGGUAGGAAACCUUGGCUCUUUUAUGACUCGUGGACUUCAACUCCCAGAAUUCCUGAGCCAGCCAUGCUGAGGGGAAAGGGAGGUUUCCAAGCUGAGCCAUGCUGGCUCAGGAAUUCUGGGAGUUGAAGUCCACGAGUCAUAAAAGAGCCAAGGUUGCCUAUCCCUGGUCUAGGAAAACCAAAAUCAUAAGACAAAAUACAAUACCCUGUAACCUCUUGAUUUUCUUAUAGGCCUUCUUCAGCUCACCAUCUUGGUGAUCUGUCAAGGAAAGUCUUGGAUAAACCUUUUCUGAGACUCUGUUUCUCCUAACUUAUCUUUUCUGUUGUUCAGUUUCCCCCAGAUCUUGCUUGUUUUCUCAUGUUCUUGAAAUCUGGCCUGCUAACUCAUUGACUCUGUUCUUCUCCAAAGCUUGACUGUUAGGUCUUACUGUGUCUCUUACUCCUUUUGCCACUAUCCCUCUCUGUCCAGCCAUGGCCAGCUAGAAGAGAUAGUUCAUUUUAUUUAUAAAAGCUGUGUUUUAGUCUGAGCCGCCAGAAUGUUUCCCAAUGUGCCAGGUGCACAAUUAAGAAAUAAGCGUGGGGCAUUGUUUUAUCUUACAAAAUAAUUGAGCAAUAACAAUCCCUGGAUAUUCUGCUGUAUCCAUUAGAGGAGAGGUGGGUUAGUCCAAUGUUUUCAACCUUGGUAACUUUAAGAUGAAAUACUGGUUUAGUCUAUAUUGGCAAAAACAUCAGAAGAACAUCUGUUAGUCCCUUAUCUGACUAAUAUAUGUUAUUAGAAGGUAUAAGCUUUUGUGACUUUUCAUCUAAUUUCAUCAGAUGCAUAGAAUGGCUUGAGAGAUGGAGGAUUUAAAUUGGAAUUAAAGUUGAAAGAUGGUAAGACAGGUUGAUUAUGCAGAUUACAUGUGAGACAGAUCACAAGUACCUUUAAAUCCUACAUUUCAUGCCUUUUAAUGAAAUGUGCUAAUCUGCUUGGGGGGGUCCUUGAGUUAGUACUAAGUAUCUGGGAGCUUAACCAGUUGAAUGCACUAACCUGAUGAUCCUCUGUAACUUUUCCAUUGCUGCAGUUUGCAAUCUGCAUGCUAGAAGGGAUUUAGUAAGAAAGCAAAGGGCAAUAAGCUUGGGUAGGAAGGAAUGCAGAUAGAAAAAGAAGAAAAAAGAAAUAUUAGUAAGGAUACCGAGGAGGUAGCACAUUCAAGAAAUUAUUAUGUAUUGCUGCUGUUUUGCAUUGGUUUGUGUGUGUUAAACUGCAGGGCAGGCCAUUCUCUCUGUGUGUGGUAAAUAUUGGCAGUGGUUAGACUUCUCAAACUAUUUGGGGACAGCACUGUGUAUUAUAUAUGAAGGAUGAAAUCUAUACAUCCAUGUCUGUUAGACAUGAAUUAUUUUUUCAGCAGCUCUGACUGAAAGUUACCGUUUUCUGAAGAAAGCAAAUUAGACAAUAUGUGAUUGAGGGAGACACAGUGUAUAACAGAGCAGUGCUUCUCAACCCCUAACAACUUGUAUGGACUUCAACUUCCAGAAUUCUCUGGGAGCCUUGGCUGAGGAACUCUGACAGUUGAAGCACACACAUCUUAAAAUUGCUGAGAUUGAAAAACACUGGUAUAGAGAACUUGGAAGAAACUGUCCUCCUUUUUAUUGAUCCUAGAUACUUAUUCAGCAUUUUGCCCACAUUUACCAUGAUUUUUGUCCUGUAUAAAUGGAGAAUAGCCUAUAUUUAUAUUGUAUAUUUGAGGAAUUCAUUAUGUGCCACCAAGUUGUUUUCAACUCCUAGUUACCACAUAAAUGUUCACUACUAAGCAGUCUUUUUUUGCACAUUUCAACUCUCUAACAAUAACCCUCUGAAACACAUACUUUCACAUCCCCUUUUCCUCUCUACCUAAGAAAGAAGAUUAUUUUCUAGGAAACCCCUAGGCAAUCAAGAAUCAGUGGUUUCAGAGGCUUUGCUUCCAUCUCUCUGGCUUCUCAGCUGUGAUUCCAUCACUUUCAGAUUUGGUCCAUGAUGCCUGAACUAGGGCACAGAACAACCAUCUAAGCCAGGACUGUCAAAGUCGCAACAUCACGUGACGUGUGGCGAUGUAUCACGACUUUUUUUUUCAUUGCCGGCAAUGGGGUGGGCACGGUUUUGCCAUGACGCAUCUGGCCUGUGGGUUAGCAGUUUGACACCCCUGAUCUAAGCCAAGGGAAAAUCUGGAAGGGGGGGGGGUAAGUCUCGGAGGAAAGUUCUUCCCUGCCCUGCCUUCCCAUGAUGAAUUUAAGCCGGGGGUAUCCAUUCCCCUCUUCUGCUUGCCAUCCUGUUUAGAGGGAAAGGAGAUGUCCCCAUCUUUGAGAUUCUGCUGCAGCAACUGUUUCUUGGAGUAAACAACUACCCCCCCCCCUUUCCAGUUCUGCUUCCAUUCCCCUCUGCUGUUGGACUGCUGUAAGCUUGUAAUUGCUGAGGACUUGUACAGCCAGGCUGGAGUUAAUGCCUGACACUUUCCUCCAGAGCUGCAUCUAUCUGGCUUUCAUGUAUUUCCUAUAAAAGUUCUAUAAAAUUUGGAUGGUCAUUGGAAGUCAGAACACUCUAUCUGUAUGCAUGUAAGAUGCUUAACCUUAUUGCUGGAUUUACACAAUCUACUAACCCUAAACAGAGUUACUAGUAAUCACUGUUACUAGUAAAAAAAAAUCCUGUGUGAACACAAACACCAGGCUUUUAUUUGACCUGGUUAAGUAUAUCAUAUGAAGAUGAAGAUUUGGGGCAGAGGUUGUUAAUUGGGAAAGGCUUAAACUUCAGAUUUGAAUCCACAUUCUUGGUUCAGUAUGAUCAUUGGGUUGUUUUUUCAAUUUGCAGUCUGUAAUCUACUUUCCAUAAUGAUCUUCUGAUCUGUGAAAUAACAACAGGGAAGAUGAGUUAGGAAGCAUCUUGAUUCAUGACUUGCCAAGCCAAGUCCUUUUUUUCUUUCAAAAGUCAACUAGACUUUCUUUUUUUUUGCUUGAAGAUGUUUCGAUUCUCAUCCAAGAAGCUUCUUCAGUUCUGAACCUCUCUUCCACUUCCUCUCAUGAUAAUUGGUUCCACCAUCAAACCACUCUUGCCAUCAGGAAGUUUUCCCCAAAAUGAAUAUGAAACAAUUGCCUUUGCAAGAUAACCUCAAACAUCUGGGGGAAGCCAGGCUGGAAUUAUAUCACGGAAUAAAUAACAAAAGGAGUUUGAGGGAAACCAAAUACAGCACUUUGAUUGGGAGGCAAAUGGGAUAUUUUGUGGGCUUGCAUACUCAAGCAUUUUUUUGGUAACCUUUUUUUUGAGAACGCUUUAAUGUAUUUCCUCCUCUUUUAUCUCUUUCCUGGUUUUGUUUUUUGAAAAAAACAAA